CUAACUCGUAAUGUGCUUGUGUGCUGAGAUGCACCACUGGCCGAAGUAGAAAUAGUUUUCACUUCCUGCAAAACGGAAGAGAGUUCUGGGAAGGGACGUCUUUAGUAACUCAUUCUGCUGCCUUGCAAUAUGCCACCUGUACGGCUCAGGUUUUCACACUCAGAAGGGUCCUUUUAAUGAAAAAAUACUAGAGGGAAGGAUUUGAGCCUGAAAAACAUGCAAUUGAAGCAAUGGGAACCCGAUGUGGCUUUGCUGUGGAGAAACAAAGCCAGUGCAAGCAAAGCUUCAGGCUUCUUACAGUGCAUCGGGAGUUGUUGGUCGCUCGCAUCAAGAACAUUCAGUGUGUCUUGGACAAUUUAGUACGCAGUGGCUUCUUUUGCACUGAAGAUGCAGAGAUUAUUCUGCGGUUUUCCACCAAAACUGACCAGGUUCGUAAAAUCCUGGAACUAGUGCAGAGCAAAGGAGAAGAGGUCUGUCAGUAUUUUGUGCACAUUCUGCAUGAGGCCUAUGAUGCCUUCAUAGACCUGAGACCCUGGUUUAAGGAGAUUCAGUACCAGCCAUCAGAGCAAAUCCAGAGUAUACCUGUAAUCAACACAGAUCCUGUGAGCAAGUACUGUGAAAAGCUUCGUCAUGAGCUGGGACAGGACACCAAGUUCAUUAUCUCGUAUGCGCAGAGAGAGGAGACGUUGCUGGAUGAGAUGUACACAGACACUCUCAUGGAGCUGGUGAACGACCGCAACGAGAGCCAGGGCUACUUGGACAGCCUAGAUGAGCUGUUCAGCGACAACGGCGUUUUUAACAAAGAUGCAGAAACCAUCUUAAUCCUUGGGGAUGCUGGCACGGGGAAGUCCAUCCUUCUCCAGAAACUUCAGAACCUGUGGUCCAAGAGGGAGCCAAGUAUCCCAGUCAAGUUCUUCUUCAAAUUCCGCUGCAGGAUGUUCUGCGUCUUCAAGGAGACAGAUGAGAUAUCAUUGAAGGACCUGCUUUUCAAGUACAACUGCUACCCGGACAAGGAUCCAGAGGACGAAGUUUUCAAAUACCUCCAGCGGUUUCCAGAGAUGGUGCUGUUCACCUUUGACGGAUAUGAUGAGAUCCACUCUGAUUUUGACCUGAGCAGCAUUCCAGAGGUCUGCUCGCCUGAUGAAAAGACCCACCCACUCUUGCUGCUCAUGAACCUGCUUGGCGGGAAGCUGCUAAAAGGAUCUAAGAAAGUUCUGACUGCAAGGACGGGCACUGAGAUCCAGAACAAGGUGAUCAGGAAGAAACUCAUCCUGAAGGGAUUUUCCCCAGAGAGCUUGCGGAAGUACACCACCAUGCACUUCAAAGAAAGGACUUACCAGACCUUGGUGCUAAACCAGCUAGAGGCAAACCCUCAUCUAUGCAGCCUGUGUUCCAUCCCCUUGUUCUGCUGGAUUAUAUUCAAAUGCUUUGAACAUUUCCAGUCUGUUUAUGACAACUAUCAGUUGACUGACUUGUACGUCACCAUCACUGAUGUCUUUCUGCUGAUGUCGGAGGUUUUUCUCAGUCGUUUGACCAAUCCCAGCUUGCUCAAGAAGAGCAGCCGAUGCCAGAGUGAGACCUUCAAAUCUGGUAGAGAGACCUUGAUUGCUUUUGGAAAGCUAGCCCACCAAGGAACAGAGAAGACAAGCUUUGUCUUCGACCAGGAAGAGAUCACAUCUUUGCGCAUUGCAGAGAAGGUGAUGCGCCUUGGGUUCCUCAGACCCAUUGGUCAUUACGAUGGCUGUGGAAACCCCACCACCUUUGAGUUUGUCCAUGUGACCCUCCAGUCCUUCUUCACCGCAUUUUCCCUGGUAGCUGAUGAAGAUGUCGGUAGCAAGGAUAUCCUGAAAUUCUUUGCAGAGUGUGAGUAUCGCAAAGCCAAAUUUCCCGUGAUGUCUUGUCUUCGCCCUUCCAAACCGCGGGACAAAGACCCCUUCAAGAACAACGAGCACUUUCAGUUCACCAACCUCUUCCUGUGUGGGCUGUUGUCCAGGACCAAGGUUAGCCUGCUUGAGCACCUGGUGUCACCCAAGAUGCUGAAGAAGAAGCGUGAAGUCUUGAAGUCCUACCUGUCGGACAGCGUGAAAUCCCACUUGAAAAACCUGCCGCGGUUCAAGUCUGAGCAGGAGGGGUGCAAAGUUCAUGGGAUGCCCAACUUCAUCUGGAUGUUGAGGUGUAUCUUCGAGACCCAGAGUGAAGAGGUUGGUAAGCUGACUGCUAAAGGAAUCUCUGCCGACUACAUCAAGCUGACCUACUGUAAUGCCUAUUCAGCUGACUGCAGUGCAUUCAACUUUGUCCUGCAACAUUGCAGGAAACAAAUUGGGCUGGAUUUGGACAAUAACAACAUUAACGACUAUGGGGUAAAACAGCUCCAGCCAUGCUUCAGCAAGCUCUCUGUUGUAAGGUUGUGUGUUAAUCAGGUCACUGACUGUGGAGUAGAAGUCUUAGCAAAGGAACUUGUAAAGACCAAAAUUGUCAAAGUUCUAGGACUUUACAAAAAUCAGAUAACAGAUGCUGGAGCCCAGUGGGUUGCAAAGAUCAUUGAAGAAUGCCCAAGUCUUCGGAUUCUUAAGAUCGGGUGCAACAAAAUUACAAGCAAGGGUGGAAAAUUGCUGGCCUAUGCAAUUCAGAAGAGUAAAACUAUCUUUGACGUGGGAAUGUGGGGUAACACCAUUGGCGAUGAAGGGGCAAUCGCCUUUGCAGAAGCCUUGAGGAAUCACCCCAGUCUAACAAACCUGAGCCUUUCAGCCAAUCUCAUCUCUACAGAGGGAGGAAAAAGUUUAGCUGCUGCAUUGAAAGAAAACACAUCUGUGAAUAUAUUUUGGCUGGUGCAGAAUGAAUUGAAUGAUGAAGUUGCCAGGUGCUUUGCAGAAACAGUCAAAGUCAACACAGCAUUAACCCACCUGUGGUUAAUCGAUAAUAAGGUCACAGUAGAGGGUGCAAAAAUUCUUUCCCAGGCUCUGUUGGAAAACAAAACACUAAAAGAGAUCUGCCUGAAAGGAAACCUUCUGUCUUUGGAAGAAGAGAAGGCUUUUACAAACGAGAAGCGACUAUUCUUCAACUGAAGUGCACUGCUAGAUAUCUGACACAACUGAACUGCAGAUAUCUGACACAACUGAACUGCAGAUUGUGUUCGGCAGCUCAAUGGGUUUGGCAGUGAGGAAGAACAAGGAAACAAACGUUUGUACUCUUUGAAGUAACUGAGCACGGCCAGUGAGUACAGCACUGCUGAGCUGCUAGCUGGAAAUGAGGUGGGAUGCAAAACAGAGGUCCCGUCUGCUCUUGAGGUUAAAAGCUCAUGACGCAUUCCUCCAGAAGAAUUGCUCCAGCUCUCCAGCUAGAGCAGUGGUGGCCAAUACGUGGAUCACGAUCCACCAGUGGAUCUUGAGAGAUUUUUGGUGGAUCUUGGGGCAAAUUUUGAACAAGCAUCAACACAUAAGCAUAGCAUAGUUUUAACAGGAUUGAUUGCGUAUUUAAAGGUGGGGUGCAAUGAUUUUUCAUUUUUUUCAGAAUUCACUUUUAUAGUACUGUUGGUAGGUCAAUAAAAGUAUCUGUGUAGUUUUAAUGUAUAUGUUUUAACGCUAAGUGUAUCAAUCAACUCUGAAGUUGACACCUGUAUGAAAAGUCCAGCUCACUUGAAGCUGCGGCUCAUUUAUGCGUGACAUCACACCAGGACAAGCUCACCAUCCCGUCCGCUGUUUUCCUGCAUUACCGCUCACCAAAACCGCUUGCCGAAACACAACGCACCCAGGGGAGAGGUACCAUGGUAAAUAGGUAUGUAAUAUAUGGUUGCUCCAACACAGCAGCGCCAUUGAUAUCUCUCCCCGAGUUAAGCCCAACAGCAGCUGCAUCUGCAGCACCCACUUUACCAAAGACAUCUUUAUUAAUUUAAUGAUGUUCAAGAUGGGUGCUGUUAAAAAAGUUAAAUUAAAUAAGGAUGCCGUACCAUCCAUUUAUCCGGAUACUACCUGCAGGACAGCAGCAUCUUCUUCUAUUAAAAAAAAUCACUGGGACUCGAGCGGCUGCCAGGAAAAGAGAGGUGCAGAGGGUAAGGGCAUGAUCCUGUCAUGAAAUUAUAAUGAUCUCUUACUGUUUGAUGAAAAUAUGUAUAAAGUGACGCGAUUAUAUACAACCUCCCAUGUACAUUAUUAAUAAAUAAUGUGAUAAAA